UGUUGAACAACUGUUCAUUUACUCCGCUGUCUUUGUUAGUGCUUCUCGGGGUGGCCGCCGCAGGAAGGUGGGGGGAGUGGGUGUGAGAGAGACAAACGUGGGCUUGUUUUUCUAGUUGCUUAAUAUACAUGUAGGCUGGAAGGGAGGACGUUUCCUUGAUGUACUUGGGAAGGGAGGAGGAACGAAUGCCUGCCGGAUCUCGCAGCUACAGUAGCCGCGGCUUUUGUUUAUUCCGAGGCGCUUACGAUUUUCCAGUCUGCGGUGCAAGAUAGUGAGACGCUUCCCUUCUGGACACCGAAGCGCGUCUCAGCACCAUCUCCUUGAGAAAGCAUCGCUUUCGUGAGUGCUGGGGCAAGCCGGCCUUUUCUUUUCUCCUCCUGUUCUCUUCUUUCCAGUGCAUCUCAAGUUCCAAAGUAUGUGCAGUGGUUCAGAAGUUGCAUGAUUUCGGCAAAGAAACUUGAGUUCAGAGUGAUUCAGUGUCUUGCCUCAGGCUACAUAACUAGUGCUGACUUUGGAUUACUUCUGAAACACUAGGAAUGGUAAUUUCUACUUUUCGGGACCUCAGAACCAAGAAGCUAAAGAGAAUCCCUAUGUAAAUAAAGUGAAAUCUCUUCUGUUGUCCUUUUGCAUUUGAAGACUUCUUUAUUUCACCAUACUCAAGGAGUCUAUAACUAGUGCAGUCAUUAUGAAUGUGACAAGUUUAUUUUCCUUCACAAGUCCAGCUGUGAAGAGACUCCUUGGGUGGAAACAGGGUGAUGAAGAAGAAAAAUGGGCAGAGAAAGCUGUUGACGCUUUGGUGAAAAAACUGAAAAAAAAGAAAGGUGCCAUGGAGGAACUGGAAAAGGCCUUGAGCUGCCCGGGGCAGCCAAGUAACUGUGUCACCAUUCCCCGCUCUCUGGAUGGCAGGCUGCAAGUUUCCCACCGGAAGGGACUGCCUCAUGUCAUUUAUUGCCGCGUGUGGCGCUGGCCCGAUCUCCAGAGCCACCAUGAACUAAAACCACUGGAAUGCUGUGAGUUUCCUUUUGGUUCCAAGCAGAAGGAGGUGUGCAUCAAUCCCUACCACUAUAAGCGAGUAGAAAGCCCUGUUCUUCCUCCAGUGCUGGUUCCAAGACACAGCGAAUAUAAUCCUCAGCACAGCCUGUUAGCUCAGUUCCGUAACUUAGGACAAAAUGAGCCUCACAUGCCACUCAACGCCACUUUUCCGGAUUCUUUCCAGCAACCCAACAGCCAUCCGUUCCCUCACUCCCCCAGUAGCAGCUACCCCAACUCUCCUGGAAGCAGCAGUGGCACCUACCCGCACUCGCCCACCAGCUCAGACCCAGGAAGCCCUUUCCAGAUGCCAGCUGAUACGCCCCCGCCUGCUUACCUGCCUCCCGAAGACCCCAUGACCCAGGAUGGCUCUCAGCCAAUGGACACAAAUAUGAUGGCACCUUCCCUGCCCUCAGAAAUCAACAGAGGAGAUGUUCAGGCGGUUGCUUAUGAGGAACCCAAACACUGGUGCUCUAUUGUCUACUAUGAGCUCAACAACCGUGUGGGUGAAGCGUUCCACGCCUCCUCCACAAGUGUGUUGGUGGAUGGUUUCACCGAUCCUUCCAACAAUAAGAACCGUUUCUGCCUCGGGCUGCUGUCCAACGUUAACCGGAAUUCCACUAUCGAAAAUACCAGGCGGCACAUUGGAAAAGGAGUACAUCUUUACUACGUGGGAGGGGAAGUGUAUGCCGAGUGCCUCAGCGACAGCAGCAUCUUUGUGCAGAGUCGGAACUGCAACUACCAUCAUGGAUUUCAUCCCACUACUGUCUGCAAGAUCCCUAGUGGGUGUAGUUUGAAAAUCUUCAAUAACCAAGAAUUCGCUCAGUUAUUGGCACAGUCUGUGAACCAUGGCUUCGAGACAGUCUAUGAGCUCACUAAAAUGUGCACUAUCCGCAUGAGCUUUGUAAAGGGCUGGGGAGCAGAGUACCACCGCCAGGAUGUUACUAGCACCCCCUGCUGGAUUGAGAUCCACCUGCACGGCCCCCUCCAGUGGCUGGAUAAAGUUCUUACUCAGAUGGGUUCACCUCACAAUCCUAUUUCAUCUGUGUCUUAAACGGCCUCAGGCUUCUGCCUCUUGAAAACUAUUGAGCCUUGCAUGUACUUGAAGGAUGGAUGAGUGAGUCAGACGCGAUCAAGAACUGACAAAGGAGCCUUGAUAAUACUUGACCUCUGUGACCAACUGUUGGAUUCAGAAAUUAAAAAAACCUUGGUAACAUACUGUCGAUAUCAAGAACCCGUUUAGUUUACAUUGUAACAUUCUAUGGUAAAAUCAACUAAAAUGCAUACUUUUAGCAGGACUUCAUGUAGAGUUAAAGGAGAGAUGGCCAAGCCAGGGACAAAUUAUCUAUCGGAGAAACGGUCCUAAGAGAUUCUUUUGUGUUUGGCACUUUAAGGUCAUCGUUUGGCAAAAGUUUAGCAUUAAUAGUCUCUCUGAAAUGUGUUUUUAUCAGGUUUAGAACCCAUGUUGAGUCUUCUCUUCAUGGGUUUUCAUAAUAUUUUAAAACUAUUUGUUUAGUAACGGUUUUUGUUUUUUAAGUAAAGUUUAGUCUUGAUGAUAUACAUGGUAAUCUUUCUAAAAUUGUAUGCUGACCAUCCUGCUGUCAGAAUAAUGUUAGGCAUAUGCUCUUUGCUAAAUAUAUAUGUACAGAAUAUUUGGAAGUUAAGAAUUGAUUAGACUAGUGGAUAUAGGAGUAUUUGAGGGGGGUGGGGGAGAGGGAAAUGACAACUGCAAAUGUAGAAUAUACUGUAAAGAGUCAGUUUGUUGCUUUCAAGAAACAAACUGAUGUCUGAAUUUUGCUGUGUUUCAAUUUUUUAGAGAUUUUAUCCUACUUUUUUUUUCGUGUCUUCUAUCCCUUUCUCUCCAAAAAGCAGUUAUGCAGCCGUUUCAUUCAUAUAACUGUGAGAGCAAAUGAGUAAUUCCUGCUACUCUGAAACUGACUGCCUGUAUGUUUCGAUACCAAUUGUAUGGAGUGCUUGAAUGUAAUAAUCAGUUUUUAUGGAGUUUACAGAAAUGGGCUUUAAUUUUCAAGUGAAUUGUUUGCCAAACCUAGUAACUGUUUAAUAUUUGGAGGAUUUAAAGAACAUCCCUGUUUAAAUCCAUUUCAAACUUCUUAAAUUUUUUUGUACUAUGUUUGGUUUUAUUUUUCUUCUGCUAAUCUUUUAUAUUCACUUAUGCUCUCGUACAUUGAGUACUUUUAUUCCAAAACUAGAGGGUUUUCUCUACUGGAAAUUUUAAAUAAACCUGUCAUUAUUGCUUACUUUGA